UUUCUGUUUUGUUUUGUGAACACACCCCCCCCCCCCCAGCCCAUGUGACGACAUGAGGCCGUAGCGUCGUCCUGAUGCGGGGGGGUUCCAUCAUGGCGUCGAUGCAGAAAAGGCUACAAAAGGAACUAAUGGCUUUGCAAAAUGAUCCGCCCCCUGGAAUGACUCUCAAUGAGAAAAGUGUCCAGAAUACCAUCACACAGUGGAUUGUAGAUAUGGAAGGAGCCACGGGCACGCUCUACGAAGGAGAGAAAUUUCAGCUGCUUUUCAAAUUCAGUAGUCGGUAUCCUUUCGAUUCACCUCAGGUAAUGUUCACGGGAGAGAAUAUACCUGUACAUCCUCACGUUUAUAGCAACGGUCACAUCUGUCUAUCCAUACUAACUGAAGACUGGUCACCAGCCCUCUCAGUGCAGUCAGUCUGUCUCAGCAUUAUCAGCAUGUUGUCCAGCUGCAAUGAAAAGAGACGGCCACCCGAUAACUCCUUUUACGUAAGAACAUGUAACAAAAACCCAAAGAAAACAAAAUGGUGGUAUCACGAUGAUACGUGCUAAUAAACGUUGUAAUAGUUCCAGAAGAAAGAAGGCCUACUGAACCGCAUAAAGCACUUUUGAAUCAUACGACAGUCACUGAACUCUGACCUUUUUGACUGGAACAAUGGACACCAUGAUGCGCUGGAGAGACUGUUUGAACUGCAUUUCCCAGAGGGCAGUUGGGUGCAUGUUUUUAGCCGGUUGUAAUAUACAAAUAAAAUAAAUUAAGAAUCGUUACGUGUACCAACAAUGGAUUGUUUUUGCAACAAAAAAGGUCACUAUGCAGCCAGCGAGAAAAAAUGGUUUCGUAGUGAGAUUAUUAUUGUUAUCGUUUUAAGAUGAUUCUUGUUUCCUUUUGUGUUUGUUUGGGUACAUUUAAAAGGUUGUCAUUAUGUGCUGUGCAAUACAACAGUGGAUGCAUGGUUGGGCCCUAACAAAGAUAUCUGGAAGGGAUUUCAGCAUCUUAACCCCCAGAAAAUACUUCAGCUUUUUUUUUUUUUUUUUUUUUUUUUUUUUGGUCUGAUAUUCAAUGCACUGUGACGAUAUGUAGAGCUACAUCAGCUCAAUGUUAUUAUUCCAAAGGUUCAACUUCUACUGUAAAACCACAAACAACACCACUUCUCUGCAGCUGAUAGAAGGGGGUUUUCAAGUUGUUUUACAUUUCACUGUUUAAUCAAGAGUAGUACAGUUCUCUUCCUCUCCGCCUUCCAUCUUUCAAGGACAGACUUGAUUUCAGAAGUUGUCUGUCUUGUUUUGACUAUAGCAGCGUUUCCCAAACUCGGUCCUGGGGCCCCCCCAGUGCACGUUUAGUUUUUUUUUUUCACUGACACUUCCACAGAUGAUUCGAAUCAUCUAGCUUGGAUCAUUUGAAUCCGCUGUGUAGUGUUAGGGGCAAACACCAAAAUGUUGGGGUCCUGAGGACCGAGUUUGGGAAACGCUGGACUAGAGUAUUGGUACUGACCAGGUUGAUGAUGGUUAUAACUCUUUAGGCUGCGUUUACACAGGCAGACCAAUUCUGACUUUUUUUUUUUUUUGCCACUAAUUGGUCUUUUGACCAAUCGGAUCGGAUAUUUUGCCCAUAAUUGGACUGCCUGUGUAAACGCAGCCUUUAUGUACCUCUUCACAAUAAUAUGGUCUGAACUCAUGUACUGGUGUUCGCAGGUCCAUUCUGUAAAGAGGUGUAAGGCCAUUCAACGAAUGUCUGUGUUGUCGUCCAUUUUUAUUUGUUUGAUUUAGUAUUUGUCUUGAUGAGAUUUAGUUGCUUUUAUCAACAACAACAAAAAAUUAUUUUACCA